AUGCCUGCCGCCGGCCGUGCCCCCCGCCCGGGCUCGGCUGGGCUCCGCGCAGACGUUGCCGGCCGCGAUCUGAACCGAGGGGCGCAGCGCAGCCGGCAGCCCGAGGCAUCCUGUUGCGCUGAGUCCACAGUGAGGAGGCGAGAAGCAGCGUCUUCCGAAAGAGCCUCUCCCCAGGUUGAGAUUCGCUCCUGGCUGGGAACAAUGGCUGCACUGCCAAGGCUGGUUUGUGCGUCUUCGGUCGUGUUGGUGGUCUGGGCUGGUUUUUGUUCUGCAGUAUGUGUGGAAGUUCCAUCAGAGACAGAGGCUGUUCAAGGAACGCACAUGAAGCUACUCUGCAUCUCCUGCAUGAAGAGGGAAGAGGUCACAGCCAGCACGGUGGUGGAAUGGUUCUACAGGCCGGAGGGUGGAAAAGAUGAACCUAUCUACGAGUACAGGAAAACGAACCACGAAUUUCCAAGCCGCUUCAGUGGUCGGUUACAGUGGAAUGGGAGUAAAGACAUGCAGGAUGUAUCCAUCACUGUGUUAAACGUGACCUUGAACGAUUCGGGUAUCUACACAUGUAACAUCACCCGGGAGUUUGAGUUCGAGAUUCACCGACCUCUCUUCACCAGCUCCAGAUUGAUCCACCUCACUGUGGUGGAGGAGGCUGGAGAAGACUUCACCUCGGUCAUCUCUGAAAUUAUGAUGUAUAUUCUGCUGGUCUUCCUCACCUUGUGGCUGCUGAUAGAAAUGGUCUAUUGCUACAGGAAAGUCUCUAAGGCAGAGGAGGCUGCCCAGGAAAAUGCGACAGACUAUCUUGCGAUUCCAUCAGAAAACAAGGAAAACUGUGCCGUGCCUGUAGAGGAAUAG